CUACUGAUUGUAUGUGGCCAGUCUAUACAAGGCUUUCCUCUAGCUUUCAAUUGGCCAGCAACGCUGCUGAACGGUACAACGGGUCUCUUAAAAUAAGUAUCAAUGCGCGUAAAUUGAUUCAGACACUAAUUUAUAAAAGAAAAAAUGGAUUGGCCUUAUUUUCUUCAGUAGAAGGUGGGAACGGGGUACUAUAAAUUGAUUGGCUCUGGUUCUUAAUUCCCUAGAAAGAAGAAUUGCAAUUGCAUAGAAAAAACAUGGAGCCGAGUUACGGUACUGUCAGUAAAGAAGAAGAAGAGAAUUGUCUCUAUGCAAUGCAAUUGGCAAGCUCCUCAGUGCUGCCAAUGGUGCUGAAGGCAGCGGCGGAGUUGAAAGUAUUCGAUAUCAUAGCCAAGGCAGGUCCCGGAGCGCAACUCUCCCCCUUUGAAAUCGCGUCUUGUUUGCCCGAUUCAUGCAACCCGGGCGCACCAGAAAUGCUGGAUCGGAUGCUGCGCCUCCUGGCCAGCUACUCGAUUCUCGUGUGCUCAGAACUAUCCUCUGAUCAGCCCCCUCCUGCUGCCCUAGUCGGGCAGAGGAGGUUGUAUGGUCUGGCGCCCGUGGCCAAGUACUUUGUUUCCGACCAAGGUGGAGUCUCGUUGGGGCCUUUCUUGUUUUUGUUUCAGGACAAGGUCUUCAUGGACAGCUGGUACGAACUAAAAGGGGCGGUCGCGGAAGGGGGAAUCCCAUUUGAUAAGGUUCACGGGAUGCAUGCGUUCGAGUACCCAGGGAAGGAUCCCAGGUUCAAUGAGGUAUUCAACAAGGCCAUGAUCAACCACACCACGAUUGUGCUCAACAAAAUCUUGCGGUCCUCGUACGAGGGUUUCGAGCAAGUUCAGAAGCUUGUUGAUGUCGGCGGCGGUCUUGGAGUCACCCUCAACUUGAUCACUUCCAAAUACCCACAUAUUAAGGGUGUUAAUUUUGACCUUCCACAUGUGAUCCAACAUGCCCCGCUCUAUCCCGGUGUGGAACAUGUCGGAGGGGAUAUGUUUCAAAGUGUACCCAAAGGAGAUGCCAUCUUCAUGAAGUGGAUACUUCAUGAUUGGAGCGAUGAUCAAUGCCUGAAGUUGCUAAAGAAUUGUCACGAAGCUCUACCAGAGAAUGGGAAGAUAAUUGUGGUGGAGGGAAUUCUCCCAGUGAUCCCAGAUAGUAGCGCUGCAACGAAAGGCAUUUUUCAACUCGACUUGGUGAUGAUGACUCAAAACCCUGGAGGGAAGGAGCGCACGAAACAGGAGUUUGUGGCCCUUGCCACUGGAGCUGGGUUUUCUGGCAUCAGAUUUGAAUGCUUUGUCUGCAACUUUUGGGUCAUGGAAUUUUACAAGUAGCUAGUGUGUGUCCCGCCUAUAGACUUGAGCUACAACUUGCAUUAGUUCCUAUUAUGGUUUCUGUUUAAGAAAAAUAAAAUGAUAAGAGCAGGUAAUUGAGGAUUUCAACGUUUGUAUUCGAGAAUGUAUGGGUUUUUUUCCGUCA